AUGCAUCAUGCCAGCCCAGCCGCUUCAGGCCCGACCGCGUCCAUUCCGGAGUCGCAUGCCUCAGAAAUGGACAAGACAGUGCGCAAAGACACCAGAAGCGAGGACCGGAUGGAGAACAAGCUUGCAGAGGUGCUAGAAUCGUCUGCUCUUGCAUUGACUGACGUGGCGAGCAAAGUCAAACCUUUCGGCCGCGAGGAGAAGCUUCCGCAGACCAUGGCACAACCCGAUUGGCCAUCUUUCCACUACGCUCUCAAAGCCAAAAACACCAGGGCAUUUGAGAACUUUGCGAGAGGCGAACAACCCAUGGACGCAACGAAAUUUGCAACGUUACUACUUCGCAAUGAGGCUCGAAUAUCGUCCCGUUGGCACGUUCGAUAUUUGAAGAUAGUUCGCGCCUUAUUGUCGAAGAGGAACCCACUAGAAGUGACGCGUCUGAUUGUGUCGCUUCGUUCGAUUCCAGAAAUGACAGCUGUUUCCGACAUGCUACACAGACAGCUAGUUGCGAUCCACAAGAAUAUCCCUAACGUCAUGUCUGACGCAUGGAUGGGGUUGGGACUGGACCCCAGAAAAUUGUUUGAAGUCCUUGGCCGGCUCUUCACACGAACUGACGAUGAAAGACUGGCGUUUAUGCACGAAUGGGUACUGUACAUGAUACGGUAUCGAAAAGCGCACUCGGCAGCACUCGGCAUCGAUGAAGCAUUCAGCUUAUUGUUCCCAAACAUGAACCCGGGACAAGUGUAUGCUUAUCUCCAUCGACUGACGAAAAAACCUGCUCAAGAAGUGCUCGCGAAAACCUUGUUGGAUCUUUAUCGCGAGGUCAGAAAUUUUGCUUCGCCGGAGAACCAGUCGAAGAUUCAAAGGCUUUUGUUUCGAGAGGUGCAACUCGAAAAGACUCCACCCCAUGUUCGUGCUUUCGCGGAGCUGGCUGUACCUUCAGGGCCUAUGAACGCUCCAGCUUUUGCGCAUUUGCUUGAAAAACUUCGUCCAUUGGGGCCAGAAGAUUUGUACGCUAGACUCAUGGAUAUUGUCAAGACGUUGUGGAUCUUAAGACCCCCAGCGGAAGUGGUGCAAGUACUGGCAUCCCUUCACAUGAUCCCGGGCAAUGAAUUUAUAGCUACUGAGAUGCACAGAAUACUUGCAAGCCAGUACCUGCCAGGGCGAAUGCGCUUUGUGUGGAUGGAGGCGGGACUGCACCCUGGGAUCAUUCAGGAGAGUUGCAUCGGUGGAAGGUAUGUGCCGUACGACUUCUUCAAUUAUGCACUUGAAACUGAAUUACGCGAGUACUCUGAGCUGUUUGAAGUUGUGCAUCCAUACGCAUACAGCACACGUGAUGCUAAUGGGUUUGUGUUGCAUUACAAAUAA